AUGGGUACGUCCACCACCAAUCCCCGCCACAUCUUCAGCUCCCACUCACACAUCAACCAAGCAGCAAAAGACAUCCUCAACUACCCCGUAGGAGAGAUCCCAGCCCGCGCGGCGAUAACAGUCGAAAUCGUCUGCCCCCCAUGUCCCCUCCAGCCGUUCAUCGACACCCAGUACCCCGACAGCAAAACCAUGUCCGCUCGUCCAGGAGUCUACAUGAAAUAUCUGCCGUACCGCUACGACGAGGUGACUGGGAAGUUACUCACCGGCGGCUCUUACCUCUUCGACUCCUACGCCGACGCUGAGGGUUACAAGCGCUGGACGACGGAGGAGUUUGAGGUCGAUGAGCCGAGGGUCAAGUUUUGGGAAAGGGAAAUGUUCGAAUCGCGUCGGAGUUGGGUGCGGCGGGUUGUCGAGGCGUGGAAUUUCAGGCCGGUGGGGGAGCAUGCUGUGGGGAAGGUGGAGCAGUGGAGGUAUGAGGGUGAGGAUGCUGAAGUUGCGUUGCAUGAGGCGUGGCCGUUGGUAAAGAGUGAGGCGGAGAAACAGGGCGCAGCGGCGAUAUGGUUGCUGCACGGGGGCAAGGAGAAGAUUGUUGGGAUCCAGUUGGCUUUUCCAAAGGUAACAGGGAAGGUUGACCAGGAGUCGGCGAGGAGGUCUUUGGCGGCUGCUGAGCAACAUCCAUCUUUGGAGCAGUUCCUACCCAAGGCGUUGCGAUACGAGCGGAUCUUCAGGCGCACGAGUCUGUUGCUGACGCUGUGGCUGCCGAGAUCGCGCGCCGCUGGGGGGAAGGAGCUGACUAUCCCCUUGUACCCUGUGGUUCCAGGUAUCUCGCAUGGCCAUACCUAG